AAGAUAACAACUACCUACCAUAUCAAUGAUAUAAUGACCUUUAUACACUCUGUGAUAACAACUAACCAGAUUCAAGAUAGGUUAGAAUUUGAACUUCUAGUUCUAAUAACUUUUCCACAAUCUGCUUUAAAUUAGACUAGACAGUAGACGUACACAUUUUUAAGUAUAAUGUCUAAAGUUAAAUUGAAUCUAAUUGCUGCGGCUUGUGAAAAUAUGGGCAUUGGGUUUAAUGGUACCCUGCCAUGGAGAUUAAAAAAAGAAAUGGCCUAUUUUACUGAAAUGACAACAAAAGUAAAGGAUCCCGCUAAGAAAAAUGCAGUCAUAAUGGGACGGAAAACUUGGGAUUCCAUUCCUAAUAAAUAUCGUCCGAUGAGCGAUAGAGCUAACAUUGUUUUGACUAGCCAAGUCAAUGCUUUGAAGGAAAAUGUUCCAGAAGAAGUAAUAGUUGUAUCAAGUCUAGAUGAAGCUAUUGAAUACAUCAAAGGAUGUCCUGACAUUGAGUCUACAUGGGUUAUUGGUGGAUCUUAUAUAUAUAAAGCAGCAAUAGAUCAUCCGAAUUGCGAUAAAAUAUACUUAACAGAGAUCAAAAAAUCAUUUAACUGUGAUACAUUUUUCCCUAACAUUGACAAACAAAAAUUUCAACUCAUAGAAGAAGAGGGAGUGCCAACAGAGAAGCAGACAGAAGGAGACAUUUCUUACUAUUUCAGAAUAUAUAAACAUAUUUGAUUUUUACUAAAUUGUGUACAUGAUGAUAUAGGCUUAUUUAUUAUUGGAGUUUACUCCAAUAAUUAAUCGAUAUAGGAGUGAAAUUUUGUGAAACAAUGCUGUGUUAUGCUAAGAGUGUCGCUUUACAGCACUUUUAGCUACAAUUAGAUAUGGGUAUAAUAGUAUACCGGCAUUUACUGUAUCGAUAGGAGUAGCAGGCGUCAAUGUUUUAAUCAUAGAAUAUUAUCUUAUAUAUAUUAAUAUGUGAAGCUAAAUCUUUGUACUUUUUGUAAUCUUUGUAAUUUAUUUGUAUGUAGUGUCAUUUUUAUACAUGAUCUAAAAUUAAGUCAGAAUUACAAACUUGAGGCGCUAUUCUUGUUUAGUCUGAUUUUUGUAGAUAAUUUUUGCUUAAAACUAUCAAAAUAGCGCUGCCUUAGAUUUUUAAUUAUUUUUAAAUUUUAUAAGACUUAUUAUUAGUUUCAUGUCUCGAAUAUUACUUAGUGCCUUACAACAAUAGACUUAAAUAAAUGAGUGCGUAUAUUAUUAAAAA